UGUUAGCAUCACAAUUUUUCCUUUGCUUUUCUUUUUUUUUUCUUUUUGUUUUUCAGUUUCGGAAAUUUCUGAGAAAUCCCCUGUUUUUCUGUCUCUCUACUCUGUUUUGCUCUGCUGUAAUUUUCUUCGGGGAGUCGGCCUUUUGUUUUCCUUUUUGUUUCUGUUAGAUUUAAGCUUCAUUUCGUCAUAAUUUGUUCCAAAAAAAACUAAUCAUUCGUCCAGAAAUUAUGGGUUUCCGUUGGAAAAUAAAGGUAAAAUAAUAUGUUCAUGGUUUCGUAGCGUCUCCUCAUUUCCUUCUGGUUUUGGGCUUCGUUUUUCUACCAAAAUCUGCGCUGUAUUCGGGUGGUUUCUCUGGUUUUUGAUUCUGGGUUGUUAUCAAAAGGGUAGAAUUUUAUUGGGUUGUAAGAAAUCUUGUUGGAUUUUUUGACGUGGGGGAGAAGAUAGAAAAUAGAAAAAAACGAGGAAAAGUCCAAUGGGUUUUUGUUUUGGAGGGAAUUGAAUUGAAUGGAGGAUGGAAAAAGAUUGAAUUUGACAACAUUACCAGCGAGGAAUCUAAGUGAAUAGAGGAAGAAGCAGAAAAAAAGAAAAAAAGAAAGGAUUUUUAUUUUUAUUUUUUGCUGUCCAAACGUCAGAGAACAGAAUUCCUCGCACUGCCAUUUAGCAUUUUUUUCUUUUCUUUUUCUGUUUCUCUCUCCGCCCCUUGUUUCUCUCAAAUCCAAUCUCUCUCUCUAUCUCUCUCCUCACUUUUUCUUCUCUGUUUUCUGCAUUUUUCCUUCAAUCUCUCUCUAAUAAAGGGUCAAUGGAGUCCAAUUUGGACUGUUUUCUCCACUGCACAACCCCAGUGGUCCAAUCCCAAUUCCUACCCAAGACGGAGACCAGGAAUCUGAAUCGGCUAUGGCAUCCAUGGGAGAGAGAAAGUGUUGAAUAUUUCACUCUUGGAGAUCUGUGGAAGUGCUACGAUGAAUGGAGUGCUUAUGGCGCCAAAGUUCCAAUCACUUUAAGCAACGGCGAGACUCUGACUCAGUACUAUGUUCCUUAUCUCUCCGCCAUCCAAAUCUUCACUGCCCUCAGAGAGGAAACAGAGUCUGGGGAUGGAGAUAUGAGGGAUUCGUGCAGUGAUUGUUGCAGUGAAGAGAGUGAGAGCGAGAAGCUAUGGAGAUGGGAUGGAAGCUGCUCCUCUGAAGAUGGAGGAUCUGAACAAGAAGCACUUUUGCAUCUGAAUGAUCGAUUGGGGAACUUGUAUUUUCAGUUCUUUGAGAAAUCCACUCCCUAUGGAAGAGUUCCUCUGCUGGAUAAGAUCAAUGGAUUAGCUCGAAGAUACCCGGGGUUGAUGACACUGAGAAGUGUGGAUCUGUCGCCAGCAAGCUGGAUGGCUGUGUCGUGGUACCCAAUAUAUCAUAUUCCUAUGGGAAGAACAAUCAAGGAUUUGUCCACUUGCUUCCUCAAUUAUCACACUCUCUCAUCUUCAUUUCAAGAUAUGGAAACGGAGGAGGAGGGGGAGAUGGAAAGGGGUGGAAUGGCGAGGCGACGGAAAAGGGAGGCAGGGGAAGGGAUAUCGGUGGCAGCGUUCGGGGUGGCAACAUACAAGAUGCAGGGUAGCCUAUGGGUGGCGGGGAACGGUGGGCGGGACCACGAGAGGCUGGUGGCGUUGUCGAGCGUGGCGGAGUCAUGGCUAAAGCAGCUGAGGGUCCAGCACCAUGACUUCAACUACUUCAGAGGCCUUCACCGUGGCUAAAACUAAAACUAAAACACAAUCAAUGAAUGAUGUCACUUCUUUUUUGAAAAGUUGAAGCUUUUCUUUUUCUCUUUUUUUCUUCUUCGUGGGGUCCUUCAAAAUGCUUCAUAAACUUUGGUUGAGAUAUAUUAGACAUAAUGGGAUUAUAGAGAAAAUGAGAAAAGAGAGAGUGACUCGAGAAUUGUAGUGGAAAAGCAAUGGUUCGUAGCCAUGGAAAAUGGCUUCAAGUUUGUAUGGUCUAAGGCUGAAUAUAUUAUUUCAUCCCAUCAAUCUAUCUCUACUUUCAAAUAAUGUUUUAUUAA